AAGGUUAUCAGUUUCAAUCAUGACUAUAUAUCGUAUCAUCUUCAGAUCCCUCCGACGAUCAUCUCCUCUUUCUCCGACCAGUAACUCUAUCCCCACUAUCACCGUCUCCAACGAUUCUAUUCUCCAUCGCCACCACCAGCAAGUGAAUCACAACUUCAUUUCCGCCCGCUCCUUCGCUUUCUCAUCGGCAGAAGAGGCCGCAGCCGAGCGGCGUCGGCGCAAGCGCCGCCUCCGCAUCGAACCCCCACUCCACGCCCUCCGUCGUGACCCUAGUUCCCCACGUCCUCGCCCCGACCCCAACGCACCUCGCCUCCCUGACGCCACCUCAGCCCUCGUCGGCUCCCGUCUUAACCUCCACAACAGAGUCCAAUCCCUCAUCCGGUCCGGAGACCUCGAUGGCGCCUCUGCCACCACUCGCCACGCCGUUUUUUCCAACACACGCCCCACCGUCUUCACCUGCAACGCCGUCAUGGCUUCUAUGUACCGUGCUAGUCGCUACGACGACGUCAUUGCUCUCUUCACCUUCUUCUUCAAGCAGUCGAACAUUGUUCCUAACAUCGUCUCUUACAACGUCCUCAUCAAUACACACUGUGAUGCUGGCCGCGUCGAUACUGGAAUCGAAAUUUACCAACACAUCCUCGCUAACGCCCCGUUUAGCCCUUCUCCUGUGACUUACCGGCAUCUCACAAAGGGUUUAGUUGAUGCUGGUCGCAUAUCUGAUGCUGUCGAUCUCCUUCGUCAGAUGCUCAACAAGGGCCAUGGUGCAGACUCUUUGGUUUACAACGUUCUUAUUGCUGGGUACCUCAAUUUGGGCAACCUAGAGAGAGCAAUUGAAUUCUUAGACGAGCUCCGCGAACGUUGCCUUGUCUAUGAUGGUGUCGUCCAUGCUACGUUCAUGGACUGGUACUGGAAACAGGGGAAGGAUGCUGAAGCCAUGGAGUCUUACCGCAACCUUCUUGAUCGUCAAUUCAAGAUGAGUCCCGUCACCUGCAAUACCCUUUUGGAGGUACUUCUCAAGUAUGAGAAGGCCACGGAGGCCUCUGCGCUUUUCCUCCAAAUGUUGGACAACCACACCCCACCGAAUUUCCAAGCUGUGAACACUGAUACAUUUAAUACCAUGGUGAACGAGUGUUUCCGACUGGGGAAGUUAUCGGAGGCUAUUGAGGUUUUCAAGAAGGCCGGAACGCAGCCAAAGUCGAAGCCUUAUAUGAUGGAUGCGGCUGGUUUCAAUAACAUCAUGGAUAAGUUCUGUGAACAUGGAUUGGUUUCGGAGGCAGAGAAGCUGUUUGCAGAAAUGUCCACGAAGUCUGUCAUCCUGAAUAUCAACACUUACAAGAUUUUCAUUGAUACAUAUUUGAAAGAAGAUAGGAUGGAUGAUGUUGUAGAGUUUUUCAAAAAAAUGGUUGUUGAAUCAGGUUUGAGAUACAAUGUAGUAUAUUGCAACAAGGUGUUUGAUGAGUUGGUUAAAAGGGGCAAGGUUGAAGAAGCUGCACAGAUUCUGGGACGAAUGGGGGAGAGAGAUGUGAAGCCAGCCCCAACACAUUACGAGAGUGUGAUUACGGCUCUGUGCAAGGAGGGUAAACUAGACAAGAGUAGAGAUUUGCUGAGUCAGAUGGUGAGAAAUGGAAUUGUUGGUCCUCCUACUCUCCGUGAUUUUAUAUCUGAAACUUUCAGUAAAGAAGGGAGAAAAGAUGAGAUCGAUAGAUUAUUUGAAAUGAGGGUAGGACCUGUUGGUGGUAUGCCGCCAUCAUCGCCAGCACUCCAAACUGUUGCAGAUAUAUCACCACCAUCAUCGCCAGAGCCUGGUAUGGCAGGACAGGUAGCAGCUGGCUUUAGAGUGUGAUAACCAUUGGCUGCCCUUGUUUCCCCUCAAUUUUUAGUUGAGCAAGACAGAUGCAUAUUUAAUAUUUAAUAUUGUGUCCUGUUGGACAAUAAAAAAUGUCCCAAGGUUGUCAGUGUCAAAGAUAGUAUAAUUAUACAAGGAGUUUUCUCCUAGGAGUGAUUAAUGUAAGCGUCUGGCUGUAGGUAACGAGUGUUGCCAUAUCUGUCUGAUCUGAUGGAUGUGGUCAUUCUUUGAGUCUGGUGCAUGAUCUAGAGUCUGGGCACGUCCAUAUUUUUCGAAGAUAAGUUAUAGAUGUUAACCCAUUGAUCCUGCUUAA